AUGUUUUGGCCGUCGUCGUCGUCAGUUUUUGAGCGGGCAUGUGCCUUCAAACACGAACAACGACAGGCAAGCGUGAACGCUGCCUCGAAACUAUUUUCGUCACCCCUCACAUCUUCCGAGGAGAAACUUCAUGCUUUACCGAUAUCUGAACUCGUGUCAGGUUGCAAAUCUGGCGAUAUAUCUCCUUUUGAGAUCAUCAGCACGUAUGGGAAGAAGGCGCUUGAGGCUCAACGGUUGACCAACUGUGUCGCAGAACUUAUGCUGGAUGAUGCCACCCGCUACGUCUCAGCCGCCUCUUGGGGCCCUGCAGUAGACUCAGAUUCAUAUUCGAGCGAUUUGGUGCGAAGCAAACCACUCUUUGGUGUUCCAGUGAGUGUCAAAGAUUGCAUUGAUAUCGCCGGCCACGACACGACAGUGGGUCUUGCUCGUCGAGUAGGUAAACCGGUGGAACGUUCUUCGGCCAUCGUCCGGCUGUUAGAAGAUGCCGGUGCAAUAGUCAUUGCGAAAACUACCGUCCCCACUGCUCUAUUCUCCGUUGACACCGAUUCAAAGCUUUUCGGCACUACUUCGAAUCCAUAUAGCCCUGACCAUGGUGUAGGCGCGUCUACUGGCGGUGGCGCCGCCAUGGUCGCAUGUGGAGGGUCCAAGGUCGAGAUUGGGUCGGAUGUCGCUGGCAGUGUUCGUUUUCCAGCCCAUUUUUGUGGAGUUUGGAGUUUAAAGGGCAGUGUGGGACGAUGGCCUGUGACAGGAAACCAGUCGUCUAUGAUGGGCGUUGAAGCGGUUCCAACGCUGACCGGUCCUCUGACGCGAAGUUUAGAGGACCUUGAGCAGAUAUACAAGGGAGUGAUUGAUAUGCGGCCUUGGGAGUACGAUUAUACAUGUGUACCGAUACCUUGGCGUCCUAUAAACCUUCAAGAAGAGGGCCGGCGAUUAAAAUGGGGUGUUGUUUGGACGGAUGGGGUCAUUCCGCCUUCACCAGCUUGUAAAAGAGCUCUCAUUUCAGUUGCCGAUUCGUUGAGGGAACAGGGUCAUGAGGUCGUGGAUUUCGUCCCUCCGAAUAUCCCAGAAUUUCUAGAAGUUGGGUAUCAACUGGCUUUCGGCGAUUCAGGUCAACAGAUACGAAGUAACCUCGUCCCCACAGAAACCGUCAACCCUGCUCUAGCGUCCUUCCUUAACCUGAUUAAUCUCCCCCGUAUCUUCAAGAAGCUGCUUUCCAAGUUUUAUUCCUACAAGGACCCGAUCUACGCAAAUUUGCUCAACGUCAUGCAUGCUAAGACGAUUCCAGAAGAACGGGAUUUGAUUGUGAAGAGAGACCAAUUUAGGGAGGCAUGGCAUGAACAAUGGGCCAAGGAAGGUCUCGAUUUUGUGAUAACUGUUCCUGCACCCUUCCCUGCUGUAAAGCAUGGCGAAGGUCUCAAGGCGUCUUUGAUGACAGCCUCUUAUUCAUUCCUCUUUAACCUGCUUGAUUACGCCGCCGGAAGUCUACCCGUUACCAAGGUAGACAAAAAUCUGGAUGCAUUACCAGCCAACUUCAUGUCCUCCCCGGAAUACAAUGCCAUGAAUAUGAUCUGCAAAACGUCCUACACCGUUUACGAUGCCGAAUCAAUGCAUGGGCUUCCUGUAGGCGUUCAGAUUAUCGGGCAACGUUUAGAAGAAGAAAAGGUACUAGAAGGAAUGAAAGUUAUCCAGUCAGUCUUAAUCCAGAAGGGUAUUGCGUUCGAAGGCAAGUAA